AUGGAAGAUAGGGAUCAUUGUUGUUCCAACGAUUCAACGAUCACGAAGAGAAGAAGAAGAAGCAGAAGCCCGACAACAACCUCGGAGAAAUCGAAGAAGCAACACCGCGAGAAACCUAUGAAACCGUACCGAGGAAUACGGAUGAGGAAGUGGGGAAAGUGGGUGGCGGAGAUCAGAGAACCCAACAAAAGGUCCAGGAUUUGGUUGGGUUCGUAUACGACGCCCGUCGCCGCGGCACGCGCCUACGACACCGCCGUUUUCUACCUCCGAGGACCCUCCGCGCGCCUCAAUUUCCCCGAACUUUUGUUCCAGGACGAGGUCGACGGGGCUAAUUAUGACGAUUCCGAGAACAUGUCCGCUGAUUCCAUUCGCCGUAAAGCCACGCAAGUCGGCGCCAGAGUCGACGCGCUCCAAACCGCGCUUCUCCACCACGCGCCCUCGCUCAACCCCUCUCCCAUCUCCCUCAAACCCGACUUGAACGAGUUUCCAAAACUCGAAGACCUUCAAGAUUGA